CACAGUCCAGUGCUCAGCAGGAGGAUGCCUGUCUCGUGUAGGGAGGCUCUGCUCAUGCUUCUAGCCAGUCUUGGAGGUCAGGUCUGGGGGGAGGUGGGUGACUUCACCCCUUGCCUCCGUUUCUUCUACAUGGAGACUCCCCCAAAAGGCAUGGGGGGAGAGGGGUACCAGCCCAUCUGCCAGCGCUACAGGAACCAGUACCACUUUGCKAGCCUGUACCAGCACCAGCGCCGUGCCACCCUCUACUCUGCCUACAUACUUACCCCUGGAGGAGGCAAACGGCCUGGGAACAAGUGGAUGUAUGAACCACAGUUGGCGUUCUCCGGUGCCAGUCCAGAGAUGCAUAGUUUCCCGCGGCGUGGGCCCGUGGACCAGAAUGUGGUGGAGAGCCAGGCGGUACUCCAGGACUACAUCAACUCUUCCUACACCAAGGGUCACCUCAACCCCAGCCUGCACCACCAGGCCCCAGAGGACCGCCGGGCCACUUUCACCCUCACCAACGUGGUCCCUCAGCGGGCAGCCUCAAACUCUGGCCCCUGGGCUCAGCUGGAGGCUGAGGUGAGGGCCCGGAUGGGUAACUACUGCAUUGGGCCGGCGUAUGUGAUAACAGGGGCGUUGUCAUACCUCUCUGAGCGCUGGAUGGCCAACCGGGUAGCGGUGCCAGAGUACAUGUGGUCUGCCUACUGCUGCCCCUCCUACAACUCUAGUCUCCCCGCCUCACAGAGACCCUACUUCCCAUCAUAUGCUGCUGUGGGCCGGAACGACCCCCAUAGUGGUGGAGAGAUUGUGCCGGUGGACCCCCAGGCAAAGGCCUCGGUUCGGGGGUACGAUGUGAGGCGGAUGCCCCUGGACACCGUGGAGACUAUUCUACAGCAGAGACUGGGCAUCCACAUCAGCCUGUUUCACAAUCAAUGCCUGUGAGCAGGUGUGGUAGUUAGGUAAUUGGCUGUUGUAUGAGCUGUCCCUGUUGAGUGAAAAAUAAAAUCUACAGUGGAACAUAA